CUAUUAUAUGGUCUCUGAUUGAGUCCAUGUUGUGUGCGGUAGUAUUUGAACACUAUCUUUGUAGGACAGCUUAUCAGUUCAGUGGCGCAAGGUCGAAGGUCCUGGUACUCACAGCAAGUACUUCUCCGGAGCAGACAUCAAUGGAUGAUGAAUCAAGCCUGAAGUAUAGAUCGGUACAUACCCAGAGUUAGGUCUCGAUCUUCAGCACAUACCUGUUUGUGACAGCUUAGGGUUGCCUGGUCGCCUUCCGGCGGAUUUAUACCACACAUAGCAGGACCACUGACUGAUAACAUACGCUGUUGUUGAGAAAGGUUGCUGCCGAAACUCCGAAUGUGAAGUGUUGUCCUUAAAACUGCAGGGUCAUAGGGGAAAUCUACCCAGGAAGACGCUGUUCGUUCACCACGCGACGUGUGUAAGAAGGUCACGAUACCCCGCGUUGGAUCGGAUACUGCUGCCAUCGCCUGAAUAGGAUUCCAACCAAUCCACAACAAUGCUCAGCUCUCCACGGCACUGGCAACUUUUUGCAUUAUUAACUUGCGCCUUGGUACUGACAGCACUCGUCUACUCGAAUACAGGAGUCAAGGGACAUAUCAAUGAGAAUGUAGUUCACGGCCUGAGAGAUAAAGGCAAACCUUCGCCUGAAUAUCAUCACAGUGGCUCAGAAAUACAAUCCAUUCCUGAGGAAUAUUUUGUUAAGCCACGGUGGGAAAAUAAAUAUUUCAUCUACGACUGUUCCCAGGGUGCCUGCGGUGGUCUAGGGGACAGAGAAGAAGGAAUUGUAGGUGCUUAUAUCCUUUCACAAAUACUAGGUCGGAAGUUCAAAGUCAACAUGCUGGUACCAUGUGAUAUCGAGAAUUUCCUCCAGUCGAACAAAGUUGACUGGAGUCUUCAACCUUCUGAAAUAAAUGGCUUGAAAAGUAGCAGGUACAAGCGACUUGACCAUGAAGCAUUUAAGCUACGUGAGAAAAUUGCAAAAGCUCUUGAUUUAGAAAAUGAAUUUCCUUCUGACGUCACAUAUUUUACUGUGAACCAGGAAAUGGUUAACUAUCUAAAGCUGCAUCCGCUUUUUAAGACUCUUCGGUGGGCAUAUAAUCAGACAACAACUGACAUAUACAAUAUUGUUUUACGACGGUUGUUUAGAAUGAGACCUGAAAUUCAAAAAAGGUUUGAUAAUUUCCAAACUUCAGCCCGUGACAAAAGGAGAAAACUCGUUUGUGCACAUGUUCGAGUAAGGGGCAAUCCUACUAUUCCAACCGACUGGUACAGUCCCACACCUUUGAAUGUUAGUGUAGUGUGGAACUUCCUGAGUAAGUAUAAUAACAGCGCCCUCUAUCGAAUGUUCGUAGCCACAGACUCCCAGAAAGUGCGACAGGAUGCGAAGAGGUUGUUUCCUAGUGUCAUCCAAGAUUUGGAGGGGGAUAUCGUUCAUGUUGAUCGUGACAAUCAUGGAAAAGAUUACGCAUGCGCCGGUUUUGGUAAAGUUAUUCUUGAUCAACAGACGAUGUCAUCAUGUGACGUAUUCUUUAUGACAGACAGCGGACUUGGUCGUAUCGCAUCCAUGAUGAGAGGAACAGACAAAGACCUGUACUGUAUGGCUGGCAAUUCCGUACACAGCAAGUGCUCUUUUGACGAUAAAGGUUUCUUUCCACAGAACUGGUAGGCGUGAUAGAUACCAGUUGUGUAUCCGUCUGACGUCUUAUGUAGGAAACAUACAUGCUAACUCACACUUUUGGCUUGAGACUCACUCUUUUACUUCUUUCAUAUUUUUUUAAUUUAGUUCAAUCAAUACACAAAUAAAGUAUAUAUGACAUAAAAGGCAAUAUACAUCACAUCAUUGAGGUUUU